AUGUAUAACAGCCAAAACAAUUCACAUGGGUAUCUGAAUUCCCAAACCAAUGGGAAUCAUGGGGUGCGAAAUGACCCGUCAAACCGACUGGCAUACCAACAAAAUAUUGAACAACAACUAGCAUCACAAGAUUCUAAGAAAACAUCAUAUAGAAGAACACUAGACCAUGGGAACAACAUGGGACGAUGGUACAUCUCCAAGAGCUUGGGAUUAAGUAAAAGACAACAGAGAAUUGGGAAGGUCCGACCAGAAUCGUCCUAUCUCAUCGAUUUCUUGCCCAGUUUGGCAUACUCUAGUUUCAUGAAUUUAAACCGACGCAAUAACGGCAAUAAUAUGGCUGUUAUGGAUAUAGAAACCAAGUUUGUUCAUUUGUCGCUGAAUAAAGUUAAGCAUACUAUAAAUACUGUCAAGUGGACCCCCGAGGGAAGACGGUUAAUUGUAGCAUCGCACAGUGGUGAGUUUACGUUGUGGAAUGGGAUGACGUUUAAUUUUGAAACCAUUAUGCAAGCUCAUGAAUCACCUAUUUUAGCUUUGCAGUACUCUCACAAUGACGAAUGGUUACUAAGUGGAGAUCAAAGUGGUACGAUCAAGUAUUGGCAGCCCAAUUUCAACAAUGUCAACAACUUGACUGGUCAUUCCAGUGGAAUUCGUGAUAUUGCCUUCUCGCCCAACGAUUCGAAAUUCUUAACCUGUGCUGAUGAUUCCACCAUCAAAAUUUGGAAUUUUAAUAAUGGGAAAGAAGAACGGACAUUAACGGGUCACCAUUGGGAAGUUAAAUCGGCUGAUUGGCAUCCUGAUUUAGGAUUAAUUGUCAGUGGAUCCAAAGAUAAUUUGGUGAAAUUGUGGGACCCGCGGGCAUCUACUUGCAUAACCACUUUGCACGGGUUCAAACAUACUGUAAACAAAACCAGAUUUCAACCAGCAGGAACCGCGAGAUUGUUAGCAUCAGUAUCGCGAGAUCGUUCAUGUAGAGUUUUUGAUUUACGAACUAUGAAAGAUAUGCUUGUUUUGAGAGACCAUGAAACAGAUUUAUCCUGUGUGGCAUGGAACCCUGUUCAGGCAUCCUUAUUGACCACUGCUGCUUAUAAUGGAUCCAUGAAUCAUUAUUUAUUGGAUUCUUAUAUUCCCGAUUCUAACCCAAGCAUACCUAAACGAAACACGUCUACAUUCACUACAGCACCCACUAUGGAUUCCGUGCAUAAGAUUCCAUUUGCUCAUGAAAAAGCGAUCCAUGCAUUGGAGUAUCAUCCUAUGGGUCACAUAUUGUGUUCGGCAGGUACCGACAAAACCGCGAGAUUUUGGUGUCGUGCAAGACCAAAUGAUCCCAUGCAAUAUAAGGAUCCAAUCUACACUGAUGAUAAACAAGGUGCAUGGUACUAUGCGGUUAAUAAUAGUGUUAACGCCGUCAUGGAGGAUCCCUCUACUGCUUCUGCUACUUCUGGUAGUACUGCUGCUACUUCUGCGCUUGACUCGCUAGCUCAUGAAGAUAAACGGGAAAGAUCUGCUACUCCUAUAGUAACCAUUCCUGGUUUACACAUUCCCGGAUUGAGUAGCAACUACUCGAACGAAUCGCCUGGCAAUGGGAGUACUCCCAAGAAUGGAACAAUUCCGGGAUUAAGAGGACAUUACUAA